CAGCGGCGGCGGCUGAUAGUCUGUGUGGUGAGUGACCUGGCCCCCAGCUCCGACCACACCGUAUGGAUCUCCGGUGGGAAUGGCAGUGCCCUACACUCCUUUGCCUACGGGGCCUCUCAGGAGGAUGGUGGCACCGUCUGCACCAUCUCCCUCCUCCCCGACGACCCCCUGGCUGAGGGGGAUCUCACCUGCCAUGUAGGGCCCAACAGGACCUCCCCUGCCCACAGCUCCAGCGCCAUCCCCAUCACGGGCAAUGAGGCGGUAGCAGAGCCGUGUCCUGGCAGCAUGGCUGUGCCGCCAGCUCGUGCCUCAGCAGCCCUGCUCGUGGCCGUCCGGGUUGUGCUGCUGAAGGUCGCACUCUCUGAUGCCCUCCUCACCUCCAUCCUCCUUGCCCAGAGCUGA